CUGAACUGAGACUCCAAGCUUGUCUGGGGUUCGGUGAUCUUAUCUGAUAUUGGCCCUUUCCCUCUGCCUUUGAACCAUUCCCUCAUAAUCAAGCUGCCACCCUCAGUCCUUCGCAAAGUCGUCAAUUCCAUACCGAGCAAUUUAUUGCCAGUCUCUCACCUGAACCCCUCCUCGCGAGCAUUCAGCGGCACUGCACAGCCGCAAUUCCCCAAGAUAGGGCGUCGACACGGAGCAGGGUCACGCCCGCGUGCCCCGGGCAAGUAUUCAGACGAUCUUGACGACUUCGACCAUUCUGAAGACUCGCACGACUUUCCGGUUCAAGGAAAGCGCCCAAAGCCAAAAGUGAAGCCUAAGCGCAACAAGCGCAACAAACGCAGGAUGGGCCAAGAACAGUCCGUCGUAGACGACGACACCCCUCCCCAGACGCUGUCAGAGCGCAGCGUGGCAGCUGUAGCAGAGUACAUCAAGUCGGGCCGGGCCCGACGCAUCGUUGUCAUGACGGGCGCAGGCAUCUCAACCGCAGCAGGCAUCCCCGACUUCCGCUCUCCAGAAACAGGCCUCUACGCCAACCUGGCCUCGCUCAACCUGCCCGAGCCGGAAGCCGUCUUCGACCUCUCCUUCUUCCGACAGAACCCUGCCCCCUUCUACGUGCUCGCCAAGGACCUCUACCCAGGCAACUACCACCCGACCGUCUCGCACGUCUUCAUCAGCCUGCUGGCCUCCAAGGGCUUGCUGCACCAGCUCUUCACGCAGAACAUUGACUGCCUCGAGCGCGCCGCGGGCAUCCCCGCCGACCUCAUCGUCGAGGCCCACGGCAGCUUCGCCGCCCAGCGCUGCAUCGAGUGCAAGACGCCCUUCGGCGACGCGCCCAUGCGCGAGCACGUUCGCGCGGGAAAGGUGCCCCGGUGCGAGCGCGCGCCCGAGUGUGACGGGCUGGUCAAGCCCGAUAUCGUCUUCUUUGGGGAGGCGCUGCCGCGGCUGUUCUUUGAGCGCACCCGCAUGGCGGCCGAGGCAGAUCUGAUCCUCGUUAUGGGAACUAGUCUGCAGGUGCACCCGUUUGCGAGCCUGCCGAAUUUGGCUCCUGAGUCGGUGCCCAGGGUGCUGUUCAACCUGGAACGUGUCGGCACGCUCGGCUCGCACGCGGAUGAUGUGCUCGUGCUGGGCGACUGUGAUGCGGGGGUGAGGAAGCUGGCGGAUGAGCUGGGGUGGAGGGAGGAGCUGGAGACGAGGUGGCGCGAGCUGGUUGGCGAGGAAGAGGCGCAACGGCAGUUGCAGGGGGCGAAGAAGAGGGUUGCUGGGCUGCACGACGAGGUGAGCAAGUUGGCGGAUGAAGUGGGUGAACUGCUGCAUCUGCAGGAGGAUCAGGAUGCCGAGGAGAAGAGGAGCAGCGCGCCGCCUAAGGAGGGCGUGGUGAAUCAGGGGCCAGAGGAGGUGCCGCAGACUUCUCAGAGUAGCGAGCCAGUAGCGACGAAAGCGGCCGACAAGGAGCAACCAGAUGACAGGGGAGGACCGGUAGAAGCUAGUAAAGAAGAGGGCGUUAAAGAUGGGAUCAAGGCAAAUAGCGCUGAUACGGCAGCCAAAGCCGCGCUAUAGCAGAGUUAGAACCUGGCUAUAGACCGUGAGAAUUCAGGGACACCAGUUCAAGACCAUCAUGGCAUAUCUGGUUAAUGAGAAUGGUGUUCGAAUGGAUUUAAUCAAUCCUGCUAGCGGGAUAGACAUUGUGAGGG